CACGAAAAUUGGUCAAAUUUUCAAAACUCUUCAAAAAGUCGCUGUUAUGAUCAAUAUUACUUACAUAAAUAUACCCUUAGCAUUUUUUUUACAUAUUACCGCAAGAAAUUCGUUAAAUUUUCGUUUUUCUUCUUGGCCGCCAUUAAUCAGUUGUCGCUUGUCUGUUCACUCGGGGGAAACUGGGUCGAGCGCAUAUGACGUCACUUACUCAACCCAAACAAAUCAACGUGAGAACUUUUCUAAGGAAGACUAGGAAGUACGGGUAGCGCGCCGGUAAUUCGGAGCUUUAUCUGUAUUUAUUUCCUCAAAAAUUGAAAGCUAUUAAGAUUGCCAUCUAAUUGUUGUGUGGUUCAGGGAUGCAGUAAUAAAUCUGAUCCAAAAAAAUGGCAUUUCAGUGCAUUCUUCGCCGAUUCACAAGCAGGAACACGCGAAGUGGAAGCGUUUUGUCACGUUGCAUCGCCUUAACUUCGAGCCUGAAAAUCGUUUCACUGUGAGCUCUGAGCAUUUUGAGGAUAGCUGCUUUGAAAGAGCAGUGCAUGUGGAAGGCUCAAAGAGAAUACUAAAGCCGGGAUCUGUACCAACCCUUUGGAAGCCCGAAAUCAACAGUCAGGACGAACUUAUCAGUGACAGAAGCCGCCGAAAGAACCAUGGCACAGUCCUCUUUAAUGGAUGACAAGUUUACGGUUUAUGUACGAAAAUCGUGCAACCCAGGACCCUAUCUUGACCCUAGCAAAGUUGAAACUCUGCGGAACUUCUUCCAAGAUAGAAGUGUCUCUCAAACAAUUACAAAAGUCAUCGAAGCUGUAGUGUUAGCAGGAUUAAACUUCAAAGACACGUUCAACAAGGUGCCGGUGCCCUUAAAAAGAGGUUCGACAAUAAAAAGUGAAGUAAUAGAAAAGGAAAAAGAUGGAAAGAGAAAAAAACAUUAUUAUAGACUACCUGUACUGGAUCGCAAAAGUAAAGGAGAGAUUGUCAUUGAGAAAUUUGUUCAAAAUCUUCAGUGCUGUUCAAAAUUUCUGUCCUGUAGUCAAAGGAUUUGUAAACAAUGUGAUGUAAAGCAAGAGUUGAUGCCAUCCAAAAUAGGACCAACAGUUGAAUUGUUUAAGAAAGAACCAGCCAUGCCCAAACCAAACACCCAAUUUACUAUUUACUGCAGAAGAAACUGUAAAAUUGGCCCGUUACUGAAUCCAAACAAAAUCAAAAAACUAUCUACCUCAUUCAGCGGUUCUCUUCCUGAUAUUAUCAAGCAGUUGGUUUCUGCGAUCGUCCUCUGUGGAUAUUCUCCUGUUGAUGCCAUAAAACAUGUGCCUUCUUGCCAAGGUGGAUGUAUUUUGGUUAAGGUCAAGAUUGGAAAGUUAAACCGAAUGUGCCUAGUCAGCAAUGUAAAUAGUUCCUUCAAGUUUUGGAAUUUUAUGAAGAAAUUUUGUUCAGCUUUUGGCAUGUGUCAAAAGUUUUUCUCUGGGGAACAGCCAAAAAAGUCGUCUUGCGAGAAGUGCAGAAAUGCUGAUGUUGAAGCUGAUUACUAUAGUUCUGAUGAUGAUGAUUUCCAAGAUCUUAAAGGUUUUAAAGAGAAAUUUGAGAAAAGAAAAAAAACCUUUAUUGAUAAACCCACUUCAGUCAAAAAGUUCAAGUUUGCUGAAGAAACCAACCAGCUCCAAUUUAAAGAACUUAAGGUGGUUAUUGAAAAGCUACCCCAAGAUAUAGUAAACCACUAUUUACAAAGAAACUCACCAACAACUCCCAGCCAAAAACAGGUCAAGAAAGCAUACCUACAUGGGGAAAAAGUUAAUAUCGUCUUCCCUGGACUAGAAAAAUCGCCGCGAAAAAGUUUGUUCCCAGAAGCCUCCACGUCACUGYCAUGUCCAAAUGAGGAUAAAGAUGAAGAAGCCGAAAACCUACUUAACAUCAAUGUCAAACAAGAAAAUACACAGCCUGUUUCUGGUGAAGCAAUCCCCAAUGAUAUGUCUGUUCAAAAUGAGAAUGACAAAUACUUGCUUGAGACUUUCCUUGAUCAGGUUGUCGAGGAUAAUAACACAGAAUUAAUGGCCCUAAAGGAAAUGAGUGAAAAGCUAGAAGGAAGUCCUCUUCAAGGUCUUUUUGGAAAACUUGAGGAACAGCAAGUUGGUGGCAGCAGCAUGGAGGAGGAACAACAGCAAGAAGAAAGUUUUGAGCAGUAUUCCAGCUCCUUUGAUGAUAAACAACUCUUUUCUCCAGGUUCUUUUUUGGGUGAUGUUUCAGGCUCAACUGAUAUGAGCUCCAGCCCAGAAAGGAUUGAGAUGAAAGAGAUAAAAAGGGAGCCACAAGAAAGGGAGAAAUCUUCUUGGAAUGGAAAAGAAGUUGUUGAUAAAGCUUUGUUUUACGACCCUGGAAAAGACUCUUCUUUCAAUGUAGCCAAAGAGRUUGAUACAGAAAACAUCAAGACAUACGAUGAAAAACAAAUGUCCAAUGAAUUAGCAACUGAUGCUCAUCCAAAAGCCAUGCCCAGUGCACUAGACUUUGCUGAUGAUCAAACAGAGUUGCAACAAUAUGUAGGUUCUGCAAAUACAAUGGAUAAACUACGCCACUUCAGUUAUACCCCAAUUCCAGUAACAAAAACCACACAGAAAGACAGUAAAGAAAAUGAAAAAGUUAAUCUCUCCAACUCUAGUGAAUGUUGUAACAGUCCUACAACGUUAACAAAUGAGGAUCAAAUUGAGGUCCCAUCACCUCUGAGGAAAAUUUCCAUGGAAGAUGGGUUACCCCUUGACGGCGUGACAUCUGAGAAUUCAGAGUAUCACAACUUGUCUCCUUCAGUAGUACCUUCGACAAGCCAAAAUUCUGCACUUUUGAAAAUACCCACAGUCACACAAUCCAAUCCCUUCUCUAGCUCUAGUUUUCCGGCAGUAUUGCAAGCUCAGGAAAUUACAGCCAAACGAUUUUCUGGAAAUGCUAUUAGUACCACUCUUCACCAAGAAUCUUUGGGCAGUAGACUGUUCAGCAAUACUAAUGCUGCAGUUCAGGGUGCUAGCUCUGUUGCUGCACCACAGCUUCAAAGUCUGUCAGUGGAUAAUGUCACAACAAGUGGGUUAAAAAGUACAUUUGGGCCACCACCAACACCUGCACCUCUGGAUUGCCUUUCAAGUUCUGGGAUACUAUCUACUCAAGUACCUUUGUUUUCCUUGCCUGGAAAUGUUUCCAAUUCUGGUUUUCCAGCUAGGAAUGGUACCUAUAGCACUCCAAGAACACCGGUGGUUUCUCUUCUUGGAAAUCCUGCAACCAAUUCCAGUUUACCAAGUUUUGGAAUGGCAUUUAAUCAGGUACCUUUGCUUUCGUUACCUGGAAAUGUAUCCAAUCCUGGUUUUCCGGUUACAAAUGGUACCUAUAGCACUCCAAGAACACCAGUGGUUUCUCUUCCUGGAAAUCCUGCAACCAAUUCCAAUUUACCAAGUUUUGGAAUGGCAUUUAAUCAGGUACCUUUGCUUUCGUUACCUGGAAAUGUAUCCAAUCCUGGUUUUCCAGUUACAAAUGGUACCUAUAGCACUCCAAGAACACCAGUGGUUUCUCUUCCUGGAAAUCCUGCAACCAAUUCCAGUUUUCUAAACUCAAAUCAGCAGCAAUUUCUUCAAAUGGGUUGUAAUAGAAAUACUUUUUCAUUGAAUGCAAUUCCUCAUUCACUACAUAAUGGCAUGCGACAAGCUGAAAUUCUGAGACAGACGAUGACUUUGACCAACAUUUCUUCACCCACAGGAAACAAGGCAAUGACAGGUGUUAAUCCUUUUUAUUAUGGAGGGGGAAAUGUGCAAACAUAUUCAUUUCAAGGACAACAGUUGCCGCGCGCACCGUUUGUCACUCCUCAUACAAGUGCUGCUUUACGAGGACCCUACCCCUACAAUGCAUUAACGAACAAUUUCAUGGCCAACUCCCUUUACCCAGUGCAAUCACCUAAAUACUACCCUCCUUUUGGAAGUCAAGCCACUCAAUUUCUCCCUCUAAAUCACCCUUCUCAAGCACCAGCCAUAAGGUAUAGCUUUCCUCCAACUAAUGGACUUCCUGCAGAUUCAAGUCAUGUAUCCCUGAAAAAAGCUGAUGUAGCAAGCGUUCCGCCUUACGCUGUAACCAACCAGUUAUCAAGAGAAUUGCCUAGACAAUACCCAACCUCAACAUCUUAUCAGUUAACCAGUCAGUCUGUUACAAAGACCACUCCAUCAUCAGAAGAGGUACCAAAUGCAAGACAAUACCCACCCUCAACAUCUUAUCAGUUAACCAGUCAGUCUGUUACAAAGAUUACUCCAUCAUCAGAAGAGGUACCAAAUGCAAGACACUGCGCACCCUCAACAUCUUAUUUAACCAGUCAGACUGUUACAAAGACCACUCCAUCAUCAGAAGAGGUACCAAAUACAAGACACUACCCGCCCUCAACAUCUUAUUUAACCAGUCAGUCUGUUACAAAGAUCACUCCAUUGUCAGAAGAGGUUCCAAAUCUAAGACACUACCCACCCUCAACAUCUUAUUUAACCAGUCAGUCUGUUACAAAGACCACCCCAUCAUCAGAAGAGGUACCAAAUGGGCAGUCAAGUCAAUCUCUUUCAUUGACCAGCCAAGCAUCAGAUACAAGGCAAAUCCAAACUUCAACUAUUACAACAGCUUCUGAAUCUAAUGAUGUUAAUACUGGUUUAAACACAUAUAAUGAUAACAAUGUAGGAGAGGAGGAAGUUCCCACCGGAACUAAAAAACUGCUUGAGAAAAACCCGCUGGCAAAGGCCAUAUUCAUCUUGAUGCAAAAAUGUCAAUCUUUACCAAAAGAAAGACGAACAUCUGUUAUAAAUAAAAUAGAGCAGAUGCUUCAGACGCGCCGGCAAAGAUUAGCCAUUACUCAUAAAGAUAUCAAUGAUUUAGGAGAAUUAGUUGGAGCUGAAAUAAAGAAUGAUUCUGUUUUUUGUGAUUUCUUAAAGUUAAUAACUGCACGACCAGUGGUCAGGGACUCUAACGGCGCGUUCCAUACUAUAAGCAAUUCUGAAAAAGAUGAUACGUGUAGGACGCAAACUGUUGUUAUUGAUUUGGAAGAGGAUACUCCUGUCACGCAAUCUCAAGGUAGUCACAUGGAAACUGUCACGCCAUCUCAAAUGGAGAGUGACACUCUUACUGACAACGGAAUAGAAAUACCAUCUGAUAAUCUUCUGGAAACUAGUAUGUCAGCCAAUGACGAUGUGGUUAUUAAUGAUCAACCGACAGAGAAAGAGUCUCUUCCUGCGAGUGGAUUAAAUAUGGUUAAUGAUCCACCCACAAGURAUGCAGUGCCACAAGCAGAGUCCAGUACACAGCGGUUUAACUCAUUACUUCCAAGACCUAUUCUCCAAGUGUCAAAAAUUCAAGAUAUGACAAUCCUUCUCUGGGACAUCCCAGAUCAAUCUAGUAGUGAAUUAGUCAAAGAGUACGAGCUGUAUGCAAUCCAACUAGGAGCAACUGAAAGGUUAACUAAGGAUUUGAUACGAUUAAUGACGUGGAAGAAGAUUGGAACUGUCAGAGCUCUUCCAACGCCGAUGGCAAUUACCCUUACGAACUUGGUUCAAGGUUUUAAGAAUUACAUGAUAGUGAGGGCUAUAGGUUCAGAUGAUUGUGUUGGCCCUUUUUCUCGUAUGUGUGAAGUCAUAUGUGAAUCUUGAUAUUUGGCAUUAAUAUACACAGCUAAAUCAUCAAAAGGUCGGUGAAGGCUUUUGUUGCAUGUUGGUCAUGUUGCAUGCUGCAAGUUACAUGUUGCACGUUACAUGCUGCACGUUGCAUGUUGCAUGUUGGUCAUGUUGCAUGCUGCAUGUUACAUGUUGCACGUUACAUGCUGCAUGUUACAUGUUGCAUGCUGCAUGUUGCACGAUGCACGUUGCAAUCUGCUUGUUACAUGUUGCAAGUUGCACGUUACAUGCUGCACGUUGAAUGCUGCUUGUUACAUGUUGCAAGAUGCAUGUUGCAAGUUGCACGCUGCAUGCUGCUUGUUACAUGUUGCAUGUUGCAAGAUGUACGUUCUUCACCUCGUAAUACAUGGUCAAUAAAAGACGCCUUCACUAACCUUUAGUGAAUUAGCUGUAUUCUCCAUGACACUGGGUAAGCUUAUAGGAGUUUCAUGCCUCACCGUGAAGACUGCGGACUAAAGGUUUAUAAUAGUCAGGGGUGGAUCCAGGGUUUGGACAUGAGUAGUUUACUCUGAAUUUAUACCCAACCCACCAUCCCCCUAUUAGUUAUAAACUGCCUAAAAGGAUACAUCUAGCAUAGCAUGCUGUCUGCAGUCAAGAUCCUUGUACAGAUUUAUCUCAGUUGA